AAUACAGGCCCCAUAACCCCUCUUUUUUUGGGGGUUUUGUAAAUGUCUUUGUUCCAGUGCAACAACUUCCAGGCUCGUAUCUUAGACCCAUCAAACGCUUUGCAACGAGAAAGUUGACAAAGGCUGAAACAGCGGAGGAGGCUCGUCCAACAAAGAGGCCCAUUUACCGCGUACAGUGAGGGAGAGCGGCUGGGAGGGAGGGUAGGAGGAGAGUUGAAUUAAUGAAUUAAAAAUGUCGCAAAAAAAACACAACAAAACACAAAACAGUGGCCAUCUGAAUGCUUUCGGGCUUAUGUAGCCGGGGUAUGCCUGGUGUGAUGUCGAUGUUUGUGUGUGUGUGUGUGUGUGUGUGAGGGGUUCUCGGAGGAGUGGACUACCCGGGCUUUUUUAAGGUCUCCCUGAGUGGACACACAGGGCGCGCUCUCUCGCUCUCCCUGCUUCGCAAGCAAGAAGAAAAAGUGCAAACUGUCCUCAUCCGAUUACAUAAUGAUCCAGUAACAGUGAGCCGGAACCGGUGCUGCCAGUGCCAGUGCGCAGGGAGACACUGACUAGCUGCUGGGUAAUCGUCAACCAGGUCUGACCGGGUUCAAGUUUUUUUUUUUAUUUGCAGAGAAAUUUUCCCUUUUGGUCCUUUUUUUUUUUUCCCUUUCAAAUUUUUUGUUUUCUCAGAUGCACAGGAUGACUUCGACGUUGCGCCGCCAGAGCAAACAAUGCAGAAAAGUGACGUUUAAACAUGUGUGAACCGUCAACAAGUGCAACCCGGUCGAGACCCUGAAGUUUUGCAGCAAUUUUUUUUUUCCAAGUCAUACAUACAAACAAAAUACAUCUGUCGGUUUUUUUUGUUUUGCACGUUAGCCGGAUGGUGAAGCUGUCCGAGCUGCACUCAAAGCAAACAUCCAUAGCAAGUCAACAGAAAGUGCCAGCCAUGACUUCAGCCACUCCCCCGUCCUCCGAAGGCUCCUCCCCGCAGAAAGUGUGCCAUUCCCAGACGCAGACGGACAUCAGCAAGCCCCUGCUGAGCUCCACGGGGGGAAGCGGGGGCCCUGCCGCCGGCGGGGGGGAAACGGGAGGGCCAAACGCGCUCCGCAGGAGACGCAGAGUCCUCUCCAAAGAUGGACGGAGCAACGUCCGCAUCGAGCACGUCAGCGGCAGAGGGGCCCUGUACCUCCGUGACCUCUGGACGACGUUCCUGGACAUGCAGUGGCGCUACAAGUUCUUCUUUUUCUCUGCUACUUUCGCUGGGACGUGGUUCCUGUUUGGGGUGCUUUGGUACCUGGUGGCCCUCGUGCAUGGAGACCUGCUCGAGUUCGACCCGCCGUCCAAUCACACGCCGUGUGUGAUGGAGGUGAAGACGCUGACCGGAGCCUUCCUCUUCUCCCUGGAGUCGCAGACCACGAUUGGCUAUGGCUUCCGGUGCAUAACGGAGGAGUGUCCCGUAGCUAUAGUCCUCCUCAUUGUUCAGCUGGUCAUCACCAUGGUGAUGGAGAUUUUCAUCACUGGGACCUUUCUUGCAAAAGUUGCAAGACCCAAGAAGAGAGGUGAGACGGUGAAGUUCAGUCAACACGCCGUUGUGUCGUUUCACGAGGGCCGACCCUGCCUGAUGAUCCGAGUGGCCAACAUGCGCAAAAGCCUGCUGCUGGGAUGUCAGGUGUCGGGGAAGCUGCUCCAAACGUCUCUGACCAAGGAGGGUGAAACGGUGCGGCUGGACCAGCGCAACGUGCCCUUCCAGGUGGACACGUCCAGCGACAGCCCCUUCCUCAUCAUACCCCUGACCUUCUACCACAUCAUCGACGAGAACAGCCCCCUCAGAGCCUGGGCAGCAAAGGGUGGAGGCUGGUCAGACCCUGAACUGGCUGACUUUGAACUGCUGGUGAUCAUGAGCGCCACGGUCGAACCCACGUCCGCCACCUGCCAGGUCCGAACGUCGUACCUUCCGGACGAGAUCCUCUGGGGCUACGAGUUCCCGCCAGUCGUCUCCCUCUCACCGUCGGGGAAAUACGUAGCCGACUUUGCCUUCUUCGACAAAGUGGCAAAAACCAAGACGUCUCCCUUCCGCAAGCAGCCGUCGUCGCCGAACGGCAGAGCGGAGACGCGCCACAACGGCGCCAGAGAAGACGACGCGAGCCGGGAGAGGCUCAUACUGGAGGAGAACUGCAAGGGGAAAGAAAAGAAGCGGGAGCGGGGCCGGAUAAGAGACAGCAGCCCACUGAGCGUUCGCAUCAGCAACGUAUGAAGCACAAAACAGGAAGAUGUGGGAGGAAGUGACAGAGAGAUGAGGAGAAGAAGAGGAAUUGUACGCUGCUAUACAAAUUUGCACCCUCCCCCACUCACAGCCAGUAUUCACCUUCUACACACACCAACAUGUGGACCACAAGGCAGGAAGCACCUGAGCGCCGGAGCAUUUCCUCAGAACGACAAGCCUGUAAACAAUAAACAAGCCGUAGACGGAGGACGCCCGACUAGUACAAACUCACAGCAGGAUUUAAAUGUCUUUUAUAUUGUGUAUAAUGAGAUGUAAUGUACAGGGCCGCUCUGUUAAAAUGUGGUGUUUGCCCAUUCUUCUCUCAGAGAUGAAAUAUUUCUACACAAGAGAAAGGGACGAACAGUACCAAGAAAACUCUCUGAGUUUGUUGGGUGUAUUACUGAAUCACAGUACUGUGUUUAAAGGCUCCAUUAUGCACAAAAGCAUGAUGCUACAUGCUAGCCUGCAUGUAGCAUCAUGUGACAUAGCACAGGACAAGGAAGAAGACAUGCGCCAUCUAAAUAUUCUUAUCAUUUUCCCAUAAUUCACUGUUUUGCACUUACUGCAGCACACUGGACUUUUCAAGAACUACCUGGAGCGACUUGUGUAAGUUUAUGUGUCAUUUUAAGGGACUGUAUCAUAUUUUAUUACACUCUUAACAGCAUUAACCGUAACAUGUUCGUCCUCAAUGACUGUCAUGGGUGAAAUGAGUUGAGUCAUUUUACUAAAAGAAAGCACUUUAACGAGUUUUUUCUCCCCCAAACAAGCAAUAACAAAACUAACCUCAUUGUUGUGUUAAUUGAUUAAAAUGUGUAUUUUCACCAGCUGAUGUUCUGUGGGGAUGAGAUAAUAUUUUUUUUUUAAAUGAAGCUUUUUGGGAACUGUUUUAAAACGUAUGUACAGCAUGUUCACUUGUGUUUAUGUACAGCUCAUGUAAAUAUAUUUCUCCUAUGUGCUUCCAUUUGGUAUAAACGGGCCAUUGACUGUUUAACAUUUUGACUCUGUAAAGUAUCUACUGUAAUGUCUGUCUUUCUACUGCUGACAUUUUGUUUCAAAGUUCAUGUCAGAAUGAAAAUGAAACACUUUGAACAAACCUUAAAGCACCAUUAACCUUAAAAGAAUAUGGUACUUUGUUAAAGAGGCCACAUCAAUGUUUUGUUUUUUACGUUCAGGAUCUUGUAAGGGAACACAAAUUUCCCAAUAAAUCUUGAAAUUAGUUUAUAAACACUUACUUUCAGAAAGGUUUUGGGUCAGUAUUCCCAUAAUCAUAACUGCACGUUGCCAUUUUCUCUCUUGAUUCACAUCCAUAAACAUCCACAGUGUAUUUUUCAUUCACCAUUCAUAAGUUAAAAAAAAAUUAACAUGUCGUUUUAGAAAUGUCAUUUUCAUUAAACUCUUUGUUCUGCACCGAAGAACCUUUAGUUACUUUUGGUUUAAGUUCCCUAUGGACCAAUUGACUGUAAAGAAAUAUAUGAAAAUAUCAUGUCGCAUUAAACUAAAACUAGUAGCAUCCCUCCUGUAGACAUUAUUUAUUGCAGUCAUAAAAUUACAUAUAUGGUAGGCUACCAAUAGAUUGUAGAAAAUUACUUUGAAAUGAGUUGUUAAAGGGUGAAUCCAGAAACAUGAGAAACAACUCCAUUUUGUGCCUGAAGAAGUUGGGGAUGAAAAUAUGAAAUAUCUGCUGGGGGGAAACCAAAAGUAAGCAAAUAAAUAAACAGCUAAACAACAAAAAGCCAAAUCUAUUAAUAAUAGUAAUACUAAUAAUAAGCAGUGAGCUGGUUUAAAAACAUCCCUGUAAAGUCAACUUUUGCGACACUCGUUUUACGUCCACUUGAUAAAAUCAUAAGACUGCCUGCCUUUCCAUCAAUGACAAACGGCUGCUGAAAAUGUUUCAGGCUGAAUGUUGUCCUGGUUUCUGCAUCAGAAUGUGAACUCAAUAAAUGACUCCAUCUUAAUCCUGGAAGCUCUCUGCUCAAACUGUCGAUGUAACUUUAAGUGCCUCGUUUAAUAAAUGUAUUAUUUGCAACAUGA